UUUUCACUUACUAUGCAGAUAAAAGUUAAUUAGUAUAAUUGCAUAUUAUAUUCUUUUUCAGCAUCAUAAAAUAUGGUGCGUAAUAGAAAUAAAGAGGAUAGGAAAAUUGGAAAGACUACCAGUACUAAAAUGAAAGAGGCCGUUCAGAAAGUUAUAGGAGAACAAAGGAGUAUUAGAAAUGUCUGCAAGUCAUAUGAUAUUCAUUUUUCAACCUUGCGUCGUUAUGUACAGAGAGCACGGGAACAUGGAAACAGAGAAUCUAUGUCAUAUUCACCAAAUUACAGCUGCCGUCAGGUUUUUACUGAAGAAGAAAUACUUCUACAGGAAUAUCUUAUCAAAGCCUCUAAAAUGCACUAUGGGUUGACACGACAGCAAGUGCGUGAAUUAGCAUUGAUCGCAAUGAUAAAGUAUUUCCGGAGUCUUGGAGGCAGAACAGACGUGCUGGUGAAGAUUGGUUUGCUGGGUAUAUGAAAAGGUAUCCUAACCUGUCCUUACGUCGUCCAGAAGCAACCAGCUUAUCGCGUGCCACAAGUUUCAACAAGAAAAAUGUAAAAGACUUCUUUGAUAACCUGGAGAAAAUAAUGAAGGAACAUAAUUUCAGUCCAACUGACAUAUACAAUUCAGAUGAAACUGGGUGCACAACCGUUCAGAAAGUUGGAAACACUAAAGUAGUUGCUUGUACAAGUGAAAAACAAGUUGGCAAAAUCACUUCGGGAGAAAGAGGAACAUUAGUAACAAUGCUUGGCACAAUAAAUGCUGCUGGGAAUUCAGUACCGCCAUUCUUGGUAUUUCCUCGUGUGCAUUUCAAACAAUCCAUGCUAUAUGGAGCUCCGCCUGGAACUGUUGGUGUAGCAAAUCCAUCAGGAUGGAUGACCUCAGAGAACUUUACUGUAUAUAUGCAACACUUUAUUAAGGCAACCAAAUGCUCGAAAGAGCGUCCUGUUCUGUUGAUAUUAGAUAAUCAUGAAUCUCAUAUAUCAAUUGAAACAAUUUUCCUUGCCAAGGAUAAUGGUGUUACUAUGUUAACACUUCCGCCUCACUGUAGUCACAAAAUGCAGCCCCUAGACCGUUCUGUGUAUGGUCCUUUCAAGAGCCUCUACACCAAGGCAGCAAAUGAUUUUAUGAUAAGUCACCCUGGCCAGCCAAUCACAAUUCAUAAUGUAAGUCAGAUUAUCGGCAAAGCUUACCCACUGGCAUUUACUCCAAGGAAUAUCAAUUCCGGAUUCAAAAUAUCUGGUAUCCAUCCUUUUGACGCCAACAUCUUCAGUGAUGAAGAUUUCAUGUGCUCAUACGUAACAGAUAGGCCAAUAACUGAAAACGUCACACAUGUUGCUGUCAAUGGAUAGACAGUUCCUUUACUUACGAUGUUUUAGUGGCAAUUUUACUCAUGUGAAUUUAGAAGACACCUAGUCACACAUGUUGUUGUCAUUGGUUAGAUAAUUUUGUGGUCUAAAUUACUGCAUUUAGACUGAAUUUGGUUUUUCUUAAUUAUUGAAUAAAUAAUUCUGUUUGCAAAA